CCGCCUCGAACAUGAUCAAACUACUAUUUCAUGUAAAAAUGCUCUGUCGCCAUGUUGGAUUCUAGAAGCAAUUCAAGAGGCGUUAGAGACAUUGUGUGGAAAAAUUUAAAAAGUGAUUCUAAAAAUAAUAAAGACUUAGUAGCUCUUAGAAGUAUUUUUCAUUCUUUUAUAGUGAUUUUUUUAAAAUAAUGUGUAAGUAAUGAUGAUAAUAUUUCAAGCGAUUAUAACACACAAUAUUUUUUUACUAUAUAAAAUGCCUAUAUACUUUUAGAGCUGUUCGUUUUGUGUAUAGAGCCAUUCUCUUCAGCCUUUAUAACCGUAGUAGGUAGUAACUUAUUAGUUCUUCAUCAUGAAUAGAUAGAAUUUUAAAAUUUUUUGUUACGAUAAUUUAAUUCAUCGAAAAACAACAAAAUGGCAACUACACCGGAGGAUUAUGAUCGUAAAUUUGCUGAAAUGCAGAAAUAUAUACCGUUUUUGGAGAAUAUGAUAGAUCGUUUAAAGAAUGUUGAUAAGCCACGUGCGCCUCAACUCGACAAAAUUCAAUCGUUAUAUAAUAUUGUUACAAAUUCUAAAAAAAAAUUAAAAUAUGAGACAUUAAUUAAAUGUGAAGAAGGAUUAAAGAAGUUAUACGAAAAAGUUGGAAAGGCAGAUACAACAACGAAACCGUUAGUUGAUAAUCGUCAAUCAAUUCAGCCUGUAAAACAAAAUUUCGAUUGUUCAUCAGCACCAGCUAGUCCAAGCCCACCAAGUACCCCUGAUCCAGCGCCAAAGGCUCCGAUAUUAAUACCAACUGAACGAAGACUGUCGCCAAUUCGAAAUCUCAAACCUCUUAUAGAACGUCCUAUCGAACAUAAACAUAGUAAAGACCGAGAUCCCAAAAAAAAUCGUCAUCACGAAUCAUCGUCGUCAUCUCAUAAACAUAGGCAUCGUACAAAAUCGAUCGAUGAUGGGAAAUGGCGAAGUGAAUCUGAAACAAAAGAUGAUAGUUUUGGAAUUUAUAGUAAAGGAAUAAUUAAACCUAAAAAGGAAGAGCCGGUUAUAUCACCUCCACUAAAUGAACCACCUUUAACUUCAGAUGACAUAGCUGAUUUACUUUCCGAAAAUGCUGUGGAUAAAAACGAGGAACAAUUAGAUAUUGAGAAGUUAGAAAAUAUACGCGCUCAACUCGUUAAUCAAAUUAAAGAUUUAUCGGGAGGUAAUUCACCUAAUGUGGAUGAAGAUGUGUCGAAAAAAAGUAAAAUAAUUGAAAAGAAAAAAGAUGAAAAACAAGAAGAAAAACCACAUGCAACCUCGAAAACAACCACUGUCAAAGAGACUGAAAAUAAAACUAAACCUAAGAUAACGGUGGUUGAGAAAAAGGAAGUAGAAAAUAAAUUCGGUAGUUUAUUGUCGAGUAUUGAUGAACAAAUAUUUGAAAAAAAUAAAGAGCAGAAAAAAGAGGUAAAAGUUAAAAUUGAUAAAGACAAAGAAAAAAGCCAAACAAAGCCUACUGAGACUGAAAAACCAAUUCAGAAAAAAGAUGAAGAGGUGAAAAAAAUCGAAGAAGUUAAAAAUGUCGACGAUUUGAAAAAAGUAAAAGAAGAAGAAGUAAAAAAAGUAGAAGAAGAGAAAAAAAUUGAAAAUGAUAAACCGGAACAAACAUACGUUCGAUUGGCUGAUAAAUAUCAGAGAAAACCCCGAUCAGAUAAACCAGUCAAUGAUGUAAACUCUGACGAUUCUCAAACGUAUCAAGAAAAGGCACCAGGAAAUAUAACUGGUAGAGGAUUAACAAUGAAAGAAUUAGAAAGAUUUGGUGGAGGAUUUGAACCUCAACAACAAAUGUCAAAUUUUUCACCACCCCAUCAUAAUAGUAAUCCAAAUAUAAUUACAUAUCCAAAUGAUCCACGGUUGAAACGUCUUAGUCCACAAACUCAUAAUGUAUCUUGGAUGCAUCAACAACAAUCACACAUAAAUCAACCAGCAGCUAAUCAAAAUUCACAAAUGUAUCCACAAGAUAUAUAUUCUCCAGGUCCUCCAUCAACUCCUUCAGAUCCUUUCAAUACACCAAGAAAUAUGUACAAUAAUAUACAAAUUCCAUUACAAGAGACAUUCCCCCAACCUUUAUAUAAUCAAAAUAAAAAUUUUCAUCAAUUUAAUCAAAAUUUAUCAAAUCAAUAUGAUUUAUCAAAAAUGAAUCCAAUUAACUAUUACGAAAAUCCUAAUCAAUAUCAUACCAAUCAUAAACCUGGACUUCUUGGACCUGCGCCCCCUGGAUAUAAUCAGAAAAUUCCGCUACUAUCUCCACCACAAAAUCAAUCUCCCUUAUAUAAUAAUCAAAAUGUGUAUAAUGUGCAAACGAUUCCAUCACUUUUAACAGGAGCAAAAGUCCCACCACGGCCAUUAAAUAGAGAUCCAAGAGAUCUGCGAGAUCAUAGAGACAUACGAGAUCAUAGAGAUGCGCGAGAUCAUAGAGAUUCAAGAGAUCCUAGAGAUUCAAGAGACUCUAGAGAUUCAAGAGAUGUUAGAGAUUCUCGUGACCCUAGGGAUCCAAGAGACCCUAGGCGAGCACGAUUUGAUAGUAAUAUUCGAUCAGAAACAACAGAUCGAUAUAAUCAAAAUCGUAAUACGAGACCACCAGAGAAAAAAGUAUUCCGUGGAUAUGAUCCACGUCCUCAACCUAGACCUAAAAAAGAACCAGAGAGAACAACAAUUGAUGGUAUUUCAAACAUUCCAACACCAGGUGCCUUAAAUAGUUUUAAAAUUCCUAAACUCAAACGUGAAGAAAUUAUUGAAGAAAAACCCGAAAAUGUAGAUAUACCUGAACCAGACACAUCCAUGGCUGAACCAGAAAAAACUAAUGAGACAAAUAACGAAAUAGAUAAAAGUGGUAAUACUGCCACUCAAAAUCCCGAAAUUAGCACAAGUAAUUCAAAUGAAAAUGAAACAGAAUCGAAAGAAUCAAAGGAAUCAAAGGAAUCAAAAGAGCCAAAAACAUCUGAAACAAAGGUAGAUUCCAAAGAGGAUUUAAUUAACAAUUUUGUUCGAAAAUUGUGUGAAUCCGGUGAAACGGAUACAUUUUUAGCAGUAUUAGAACGACUGGGUGAAACCAUAAGUAAAACUCGUAUGAAACGUAUUAUUCGUAAUUCUGAAUCCGAUGAAAGUGGCGACGAUGACAAGAAAUCGAAAACAAAAGAGGAAACAAAAAAACCAAAAGGAGAAACCGAAAAUGUUGAACAACCUUCUGAUAAAAAAAUCAAAUCAAAAGCUAGUAAAGCAUCUACAGAAAAAUCAUCUGAUAAACCAACGAAAAUGAAACGUCGCAAUGAUUUAGAAAUGUUACAGGAUGAUAUUCGUGAUAUGUUUAUUUGCGAAGGAGUACUCACAGCCACUGGACAGAGAAUGUGUCGAUUAUUAAAUGAAGAUGAAGAUAAGGAAAAAGAGGGCGAAGAGGUAAAAAAUUUCCCAUCGCUACGAAAAUUGCGUAGUGGAAAAGACAUUAUUUCUGAAGAAGAUGUGUCCCCUUCACGACGAACUCGUGUCACCAGGCAAAGUAAAAGCUUACCAGAUACACCACCACUUGAGUUACCUACGCGUACUCGAAACCGUGUUCCACGAAUUGUAAUUGAAAAAUCUAAUCUGGAAACAAUUAAACCACGAACAAGUAUAGACGAGAAGGAAGUAGAAAAAGUAGUUAAGCAACAAAGAAAAUCUGUGAAGAAAGUGGGAUCAUUUGAAGAAACUACAACAGAUGUUAAUUUACGUAAUUUAUUUUUGAAACGAAAUUUAAAAGGAGGUAAAAAAUGUACAAGUCGGCGUAGAAUUAUUUUAAAAACAAAAAUUUAUAAUGUAAUUAAGAAAUUAAUAAAAUUAAAAAAAUUAAAAAUUGAUGAAAGAAAAACUUUAAAAUCAAUUUUUGAAAAUAACCAAGUUGAGGAAAAACAAACAACUGUAAAAUGCAACACAAAGACAGUAACACCUUUAGCUAAACCAGCUGCGGUUAAAACACUUGGUGUAAAACUAGUAAAACGAAAAGGUAGACGUGGAAAAGCCUGGAGUACGGGUGUAAUCAAAAGGAAAGUAAAGAAAAGCGAAACAGAAGCGGAAAAAGAUAAAGAAAAAGAAACAGAUGAAGCGAUAAAUGAUAAAAGCGAGAUGGAUAAUACGGUAUCAGCUAUGAAUUAUCCCGAUAAAGAAUACUGUUUUAGAGGUCCUGGAAAAUAUAAUUGCAAACUAUGUGCGUUUUCAGGUAAAUCAAUUAUUUUACAUUAUAGAUCUGCACAUCCAAGUGAUGAAAUCAUGAUAUCACGAUUACAUCUUGAUAGUGCUAAAAUAUGUAUCGAUGAAUCAAUAAAAAAUGAUUACGAUAGCUUAAAACAAACGGAAGAAACGAUAAAUUGUGCUGGCUUCCCUCGUCGUAAACGAUUUAAUGGUUUUAAAUGUCGAUUUUGUGAUAUAACGAUUAACAAUGAAUUCACAAAAGCGUUUUAUAGUCAUAUAGUUGCACAUACAGGGGAGUACAGUUUUGGUUGUUCACAUUGUAAAUUUACAACAAUUUCGAAACCCUCUUUACGUACUCAUGUAUCUCAUUCGCAUCCAGGAAAAAGGUUUGAUUUAAUUCAGUUUUACCCGACUUGUAAAAAUUAUACAAUACUCUUGGGAUAUUUAUGUGGAGAGUGUAAUUUUGUGCAAUUACACGAAGAAAAUGUAGAAAAACAUGUGAAGCGCUAUCAUGCAGAUAAACUUGUUCGAAUUUAUAAAAUAAAUAUGUCGUCAAUAGCUACAGAGGCGGUUGAAAACAAAAGCGAGUUAGCUAGAUUAAAAAAGGAAAUGGGGGAAAAACAAAACUCUGUAGACGAUGAAACAAUGGAUGUUGAUGUGGGAGUUUCUGAAGGAAAGCUAUCUAAAGAAGAAAUCGAAAAAUCUUCCUCAAAGGAUAAUCUAUCUUUUGACAAAUCUUCUACGGAGGAUACUGAGAUAUCUUUCUCCGAUCAAAGUAUAUCACCUGACAAAUCUUCCGAUGAAGAGAAACUUCUUGAAAAGUUUUCCACGAAAGAAAAACCACUUAAAAAUACUUCUGAGGAGAAAAAAUCAAUUGAAAAAAUUUCUUCGGAGGAAAAAUCUAUUGAACAAUCUUCUGGAGAUAAAAAAACCAUUGAAAAAUCUUCUGCAGAAGAAAAAUCUGUUGACAAACCUUUUGCAGAAAAGAAAUCUAUUGAAGAAAAAUAUUCUGCGGAGGAAAAAUUAAUUGAAAAACCUUCUGCGGAGAAAAAGUCCAUAGGCAAAAUUGCUAAGGAAGAAAAAUCUGUUGAAAAGCCUUCCAAAGAGAAAACAAAUCUUGAAAAAUGUUCUUCAAAAGAAAAACCUCUUGAAAAUUAUUCUUCAAAAUUAGUUAGUGAUGAAAAUAAGCUCGAAUCAAAUUCAGUGUUAAAUGUUGAUGAAAAUAAAGAUCAACCGCAAAAAGAACGUGAGUUAAAUGUAUUUGUAUGUCCAGAUGAGCUACUUGACGAACAAAAAAUCCAAGAUGAACGUUUAAAAAUUAUGCAGGAAGUUGCUGAAGCGGUUUGCCAAACACGCCGUACAUCGUUCCAAUUUUUGGAUACUUUAAAAUUAAGAUUAGAAUCUAGCGAAGAGAGUGAAGAAAAUAAUGAAAUCGCUCCAAGUACUCCCGAAGUAUCUUCUACUACUAAAAAUAGUGACGAUACUUUAAAAUUUUUAGAUACAUUAAAAUCAAAAUUAGAUAAGCAAAAUACAACGGAAAAUGUUUCUAUCGAAGAGAAAAUUGAUAAUAAAGAACCCAAUUCAAAAUCUCCAAAUAGUAUUGAAGACAUACCUCAAAUAUUCGAUAAUGAUGACGAUUUAGAUAACAGUUUAAUUGAUGAAGUCUUAAAUAUGGAAAAUGAUUGGUCAAAAUGGAGCACAGGAAAAACAAACUCAGCAAUGAUGAAUACAAUCCAACGCUUAGCCAAUGCUGUUAAACAAGGCAAUGAUCCAGCUGCAAUUUUACCUACUGCAGAAACAGUCAAAUAUCAUGUGGGUCCUGUAACCGCUGAAAAAACCGGAGAUGCUUUACAAUAUUUUUGUUCAUCAAAUGCAUGUAAAUUUUCAAGUGAUGAUAAAGAAGUUUUUACUGCGCAUGUUUUGGAUAAACAUUUAGAUUUUUGGGAUGGUGAAUGUAAUAAAUGUGAUAUGAAUAUUCAACAAAACGAUGUAAAACUUACGUGUAAAGAUGCAUUGGAUCAUUUAUUUAUAUUUCAUUUAGAACUAUCAACCGGCGAAAAAGUUGAUGAAGCUUCUGUAACUAAUAAGCCUGUGAUACGCAUGCGUAGAUUAAGUGGAGAUAAAUUAUCAAUGUCUCCAGACAUUGAUCGUAGUAAUAUUACUGACACCGAUUCAAACACAAGUAAUGAUUUAGUUAUCAAAAAUCUAGUCUCCUUUUCGGAGCCAACAGAUGGUCUUGAAUUUAAAAUCCAAGAUGUACGUACUUUGAAUCCGGAUGAAGUUGAAACAACUUCAAUAAAAACAGAACAAAAAACUCCAACAAAAACAAUUUAUGCACUAAGUCCAAUCAAAACACUUUCACCUGGAACCUCACUCUUGAAAACUGUUCCUUUACUGAUAAAAACUAGUGCAUCUCCGAAGCAUGCAUCUCCGCAGCAAAAAUUAUCUCCAAAAAUAAUUACAAAACGUUUGUAUAUAAAUAAACAAAUGGCUUGUAAGGAUCCUAAAACUGUACAAAAAAUGCUAGAACCUACAAAAUUAGCGCAUAUUUUUAAAUGUAUGGCAAAAAUGUGUACAUUUUCAACUGAUGAAGCGAACACAUUUCUAUGGCAUUUAAAUACGGUAAAAACACCUCUACAUAUGAAUGAAAAAGAUUGGGGUACUUGUCCAUAUUGUUCGGAGCCUAAUAUUACUAGUGCCAAGCGAUUGGAACAACAUAUUUUACAUGAGCAUGGAGAAUGUCGUUUUCAAUGUGGCUACUGUUUCUAUCGGGCUGCUUCACAAACUUUAGUUGAACGACACCAAUGUGAACAUCAUGGCUCUGAAAAUUUUCGAGUGUAUCAAUUGGAACCACGCGGGGAUUACAAUGAGUACAAGAAACAGAUGCCGUUAAAAUUAAUUUGUAAACCAUAUAUUUGCCCCUUAGAUAAUUGUAAAGUUGAAAUAUAUUUACGUGAAAAUUUUGUUGAACAUGUUGAGCAACAUGCAGACAUGGAUAUGUACGCUUGUCAAUUAUGCCCAGAAAAACGUGAAACCAUGCUAGCAUUAAUUCAACAUUAUACAAAACAUAAUAUUGGAUUCAUUCAAUGUUUGUAUUGUGCGUCGUGUGCUGAAUACGAGCACACUAUGAAAGAUCAUUUAGGAAAGCGUCAUCCAAAUCAAUCACCAAAAGUAUUAUUCCGAAAAAUUAAUCCAGCAUUAAAAACAGUGUUAAAGAUUCGUGAACCAAUAAAUUCCGAAUCAAUUCUUCGACAUCUCUUCAUUUGCAACUUAGAUCUAAAAACAACACAUUUCAGUACAGCGAUCCCCAUACCAAGUACGCCAUUUAAUUUUACCCCAGAUACUACUACAGAAACCAACCCCCCAGCAUUAACUGCUAUCUCUUCUUCAACAACAUCUACAGCCUCAUCUAGCGCAACAACAUCUGGGACACCAUUUAGUGAUAAUUUACUUUUACUUCUAAACGAAAAUGAAACAAAUAAUACUACUAACUCAACUACCAAAGAAAAUUUUGAAACAAAUUUAGAGGAUGAAAAUUCACAUUUGAACGAACUAAUUGAAAGUACAUUAAAAGAAACUGAAAAUGAUGGGAAGCAACCUGACCUUGAUUUAUUUAAAGAUAAUAUUACGGAAAAUUCCAAAGAAUUGGACAUUCCUCUGGUGGUCGAAUUAGAAAAUAGUGAUGAAGACGAUGUUACGAAUCAAGUGGAUCCAUUAGCUUUAGAUGAUGAGCCGAAAGAUAAGAUUGAAUCCAAGGAUAAUCCCAAAAAUGAUGCUGAUAACGAGAAUCCAAAGCAAGUGGUAAAUUCGUUAGACGACAUUCAAAGCACGGGAUUAAAUGGUAAAGCUUUGUAUCGUUGUGGAACCCCGGGCUGUGAUCAUGCUUCAGAGACUUUAGCAAGUUUUAAAGAUCAUUUAUUUAUAUGUGACACAAGUCAAGAUUCAUCGAUGUUCCGAUGUUUCCAUUGUAAGAAACUAAUUAAAUAUCUGACUUCACUUGUGGAUCAUAUUAAACGGCAUGGUUUAGCUCGGUACGGAUGUUCUUUGUGUAAUUAUCGAUCUUCUAUAGCCUCAACCGUUGCAAAACAUAUGAAAGACCGUCAUAAAAUCACACAGGUUCGAACUAUACCAUUGGAUCCAUUUAAAGCUGAUCUGGAGAAUGAUUUAUUUGUUGUUUGUCCGCAAGGAAAAAGUACAAGUACGCUGAAACGUAAAAGUUCGAACAGAGAUAUGGAUCGCACGGCACCACAAGUUGAAACAAAAAUGGUGUUUGCACCAAAUGAAGUUGAUCUCUUACCACGCCAACCAAUUUCACCGUUUGAUAUGAAAUGUGCUCAAUGUUCGUAUGCUACAAAAGUACGGACAAAUAUGGUUCGUCAUUUAUUGUUUCAUUCAAAUUCAAUUGCUGUUCCUGAAUCUGCUCCUGUAAAUCCUGUACCGUGCUUAGAGAAAAAUGAAAAAAUGUUUGAUAAAAUGGUAAAUUUAGCAAACAGUUCGUUUUCUGAAUCUUCACGAAUGGGAGGUAAACAGACCCGUAAAAGUAGUAUUUCGAAUGAAGAUCUACAAGAUUUACCUGGAUUUGUCCCUGAAAAUAAACGAUUUGUGUGUGGUGCGAAUGGAUGCAAUUAUUUAACUGUAGAUGAUUCAAUGUUACGGUGUCAUUUUCGGGCGUUGCAUAUGGAUGAAAUUAAUUAUAAAUGUCCACAUUGUCCAGAACAUUUAGGGGCAGUUAUAUCAAUCGAUAAAAUUGGGAUACAUUUAAAAAUGCAUGAUACACGAUUGUAUAAAUGUUCACAUUGUUCUUAUUAUCAUUAUCAAAAAUAUGUCGUGGAACGACAUUUAGGUGAAAAACAUUCCGACAAAGUUCCUUACGUCCACGUGAUUAGAGAAUUAGAUGCAGAUGGAAACGAUGAGCGAAAAGACAAUGUAGAAACUACAACUACAAAUGAUGCAGCGUUAACACAAGCCAUAGGGGAUGGCAAACCUUGGAGAUGCGGUCUUUGUAAAAUGAGAACCGUUACGCGUACUGAAAUUAUCGAUCAUGCAAAAACUGCACAUUCUGUCAAAUCACAAUUCAUGUGCAGUUUGUGUCAAUACAGAUGCUCCUACGAUAAAGGAUUUGAGAAACAUUUUAAUUCUAAACAUUCAGGUCAACCGGUGGAUAUGAUUUCCGUUUAUUAUAAAGAUGAUACACCCUCUAUUGAAUCUAGCGUUCCAGGCGCAAAUUCUUCAGCAGCCGAAGUAUUUGAUACUACACCACUUUGGCGACGGGAUAUGCCUCGAAUACGACACAUACGUGGUAUAUUAUUUGAAGAAACGCAGACAAAACAAACAUCUCCACGUAAAUCCGCGAAAACAACUCCUGUAGUAAAUGAUGAAUACGUUGAUGUAGAAUACCUUGAAGAGGACUUGGAUAGCACUGAAUAUGUAAAGAAAACUACGAGCAAACGAAGAAAAUCAACUACAGCGACACCUACAGUUAAAGUAAUUAAAGACUCAUUAUACGCAGGGGAGGAAAGUACGGAGGUAAAACAUUAUGAACGUAAGGAAGAUUUGGAUAGUAAAAAAUUGGAAUUAAAUAUUACUUAUUCGUGUUCCAUAUGUAAUAAAUUUACGGCGACAGCGCGGAAAGAAAUUGCCGAACAUCUUUGUGAAGAAAUGAAUUACGAAAAGUUUAUUUGUACUUACUGUAGUAAACGUUCGCAUAGUUUUGAUUGGAUGAAAUCGCAUUUGGAGAUUGCACAUGGUAAACCAUGGAAGCCAGAGUUUAUCGUUUCCUUAACUGUGGACGAAAAUAUCGAAUCAUUUAUAUUAAAUGAAAUAAAUCGCCAAGAAAAAGAAUCCGGUGAAACGGAAAAAGUUUCGAAUUAUGUACCAUUGGAAAAUUUAAAAGACAUUUUUGGUUUUCCAUCAGAAAAUCGCCAUAAAAACACCGAUUUAAAUAGUUCAACAAGUUCAUCAGCACCAACUUCGUCUUCAACAGCACUUGGUGAAGGCAUGCAAUAUCCUGAAGAAGAUAGCGAAUAUGAGGAGAUUGAUCAAACUAAUAAUGAUUCUUCUUCAAUGCAUAAAAUCAAAGAUUUAACAUCGGGUGAAGAAUUUUUUGUGGAUCCUCGACAAACCGAUCGGAAUAAAUGUCCACAUUGUUCAUACUUUUCGAAGUAUCCGCGUGACGUUACUAAACAUAUUAUACGCCAUUGGGAAGAGCAACCGUAUCAAUGUGGGUAUUGUGAUGUUAAAGGCACAACAAUUAUUGAAAUUGUCAAACAUAAUUCUCUAAGGCAUAAAAUUAAGUGUAAAGUUAUUAAACUAAUCGAUCCUAAGGAUAUUAAAACUCGACCAAUGAAAAUAGGUAAUAGACGAAAAACUAUAGAUCCAGGUGAAAAUUCACCGCAAAUUAAAAAAGUUGCUGUAGAAGCACCACCGAAGAAUCCACCGGAAGUUAAAAAAAUUGUUUUACAAACAACACCAAAGAAGGAAGAUCAAGAAGAAGAUAUCAAACCACCAAUUUUAGAGAACGAGACUGAAAAAGAUAUUCCAUCGACGUCUUUACCGGAACCAACUGUUGACCCAAAAGAACCAGUUGUAUAUUUAUGUCAUUACUGUCCAAAACAAAGCGAUACAGUGAAAGCUAUUUACGAUCAUUGGCAGGCCACACAUAAGGAAAGAUUUUCUAAAGGUUCUUUUAAAUUUCGUACGUUCGGUAAAAGUCAAAUUCCUCCUCGUGUGCGUGGGCGAGUUUUAUGCAAAAUAUGUGGUUACCGUGGUUCAAAACAAAACGUUCUUAAACAUCAUAAACAAAUGCAUGCGGGUCAACAAUUACAAAUUGACGAAACCACUCCUCCUCCAUCGACCUCCGAUGGUGCCGCAAGUGCUGUAAAACCCACUCGUAUUAAUUGUAAAAAUUGUUUAUUCUAUUGUUAUAGUUUGGUCGCAAUGGAGGAACAUUAUAUUAAAGUUCAUAAUAACGCGAAUCUGUUUAAAACGCAAUUCGCUGAAGAACUUGGUAAACAAGAAGAAGUCUCUAAGAAACCAAAUGCUAGUGCUGUGCAGUGUAAAUGGUGUCAGGAAAUAUGUAAAGAUGAAGCAGCUGCCAAAGAGCAUCAUGUACUAUUUCAUUCUCAUUUAAAAUUAUCUGUAACUCCUGUCACAAAACCAGGAUGUGUAAAAUAUUCUUGCCCAAAUUGCUCACAUACAAGUGAAAGUUAUAUGUCAAUUAUCGAACAUUUUCGUAGUCAUGUUAAGCCAUUCGUAUGCGGCUAUUGUGACGUCGGUUUUAGUUUUCCACAUCACGUAAAAAUACAUACAGUUAAAAAACAUACGGGGCUGGAACCCAAAUAUGAGGCUAUUGAAAAACUACAACAGGAAUUAACUGAAUUACGUAAUAAUUUAAUGGUAAUCCUAGAAGAUGGCACCAAGAUGUUAUAUAACGAAUAUAAAUCAUCUAAACGGAAAUCUGAAGAAGAUCCUACCGGAUCUUCAUCCAUUAAUAAAAUUAUGAAAAUGGAUGUAGUUAAAAAAUCUCCAGUGGCAAAGAAAUCUACAACAUUCGUUCCAAAACCUCGUAUAUUACAAGUUGCAAGGAAAUCAACAACUCCACAUGUUAAUCCUAUACCCUCGCCUUCUCCAUCAAUGGAAUUAGUUAAAGAAAAUGAAGAUGAAGAUAAAGAUAAAUAUUAUUCAUUUUAUGGUAAAAAACCGAUAACGGAUAAUUCGCGAAUAACUACGACAAUGAAUUUAGGUGGAACACAAAUGAAAGUGAAUAUAUCAACAUUAAUGCAAUUAACAAAUAUGUUACCAGUAUUAAGGAUAGCCGAUUUAAAAAAUCAAAGAAUGAUACUAUGACACAUGAAACAACAAAAUAAUGAAGACGGAUUAGAAAGAACUGUUGAUGUCGAUUUAGAAAGUAUUGUGCCAACGAUUACAACCACACAAUUGUCAAAUAUUAAUGAACACGAUUAUUGGUUUUAAUUCAUUGAAAUGUGAUUAUAGGAUUAGAGAAAGAGGUCAUGACACCAAACUUUGCCUUGCACAAAGUAGAUUUAUCUUAUGUAUUUUGUAGGGUUACAUUUACAUGCCUGCAAGUAUGAAAUCGAUGACUGAUAAACAAAAUUUUAAAAUAAAGCAAUAUUUAAAAAUUAAAAAUUUUAAUGAAAAAAAAAAAAAUUGUUUUUACAUUGAUUGAUAUUUGGGAUGCCUCACGUCCGUACAAUCUUUUAUU